AGAGUGUCAAAUCGUGGUGGUAAUUUCUCUAUUGAUGAAGACAAAAACUUGGUUUCAGCUUGGCUGAAUACAAGCAUGGAUGCAGUUCAAGGUACAAACCAAAAGUCCAAGACCUUUUGGGCCAGAAUAACAGCAACUUACAAUGAGACAAGGGGGCCUAAUCAUAAUGAGCGGACAGAACGAUCGUUAAAUAGUCGAUGGAAGGCCAUCCAACUCGCUGUUAACAAGUUUAUGGGCUCCUUAACUCAAGUAGAGGCUGCCCGUCCAUCCGGUACAAACGAGAUCGACAAGAUUCAGAUGGCCAAAGAAAUGUACCAGCAAUUGCAUAAAUCCCACUUCCAGUUUGAUCAUUGUUGGAAUAUGUUGAGGCAUCAACCUAAGUGGACCAUGCAAAUGGGGCAACCUUCCUCAAAAAGGAAGCAAAGUGCUUCAUGCUCUAUCAGUACUUCAGAUGCAAUCAACUUGGAUGAGGAUGACAUUUCAAUUUCCACGUCAAUCAACCUAGAGAGACCAAUUGGCCGAAAAGCUGAAAAAGAGCGGAGGAAGAAAGGGAAGGGUGAUCUCAAUGAACUAUCAGAUGUCAUAGGGCAAUUGACGAUCAAUAAAAAGAAAGAACAUGAUGAAAGAUGGCAUUGGCUGAAGUUGACAGAAUUAGAGCUGAGAAAGAAUGGCAAGAUCAUUUGCUUAUACAAAAUGAGAAGCUUCAAGUGGAGAAAGUGAGAGCUGAGGCAGAGAGACAAAGGGUUGAAGCGGAGAGGCAGAGAGCCUAUGCAACAGUGGAGAAGGUGGAGCAACAACGGAGGGAAAGGGAGUU